GGGCUGUGGGCAUACCUCUCCCGGCGUGCGAGUUCUUCGUGCCGAAUGUGACCCAGUUUGGGUACAUUUCCGAGCGCCAGCCGCCGCUCAACACGACCUUCCUCGCCUUUGACGCCUACGACCACCUGAACCAGCCGCGAGCCCCCCGAAACGAUCUCAUAGGCAAUUUGCAGGGGCAAGUGACCUUUGUGCAGUCGCAUUCGAUGAAGCCCAAUAACAAUAGCAACUAUCCCUCAAUCACAGCUCUGAGGAUGGCUCUGCUAUUAGUUGCACCGCAAAUCGCCACGGUGCGGAUGAAGGUGCAAGUGUCUGUCAAUGGUGCCGUUGUCCAGACCCUGGAUAUGGCGCAUCCAAACUUGCUGCCGCCCUCGGACUACUCCGAUUUCAUGGGGCGCCCCGAUGUCGCCUUCAGCCUUACAUCAUGGAGUAUUGAGCUGGAGUGGAAAUACGUUGUCCCGGGGCUGUCGCUGUCGUUCGCCGAUGACCACGGCCGCACCGGUGCGCUCCCAAGCCAGAACAUUGAUAUCGUUCCCCCUGCCGAGGUUGUGAUUCACUCGACUCGCAUCGGCAUGCUUACCGAUCCACCCAUCACCAGCGAUCACUACAUGUACGAACAACCCGAGUUGGCUGGAGCAGACUACUUCAACAUGAUCCCAGGCCUCUCCAAGCUGACACUGUGCAAAGCCGAUGCCAUUCGACUGAGCGCUGUGAUUCUCGCCGACGGCGUCAUAUACAACAAUACCGCCAGCGCCGACAACGGCACGGUCUACAACGGCGAUCUCUGGCAGGACGUUGCCUUCUGUCAGUUCCACACAGGACUUCGCAACGCCAACCUCGGGCUUCCCAGCACAAGCAUGUGCUCCAACCCGAACGUAUACAACUUCCGGGUCAUCCUCCACUCGGUUGGAAAUUACUCCAACGGCAUAGUCGCCCACGGCUUGCUUGGCGGGGCCGGAAUGGCGAGUUUGCUUGCAUCGUACGGAAACGAAGCCAGCCACGAGCUUGGGCACAGCUGGGGGCUCGGUCACUAUCCCGGCGCCAACUUCACCCCGCCGAUCACGAACGACAAGGUUCGAAACGCCGUGCACCACGCCGACAGCGGCUGGGGCUACAUUCCCUAUCGCCGGAGGUUCCUGGCAAACUUGGACUGGAAGACGGCCUUCAACAACGGCACAGUCAUGGUGAAUUCGGCGCCCUUUACCGAGCCGUAUCUCGGGUACUAUACCCACGGGCUGGAUUCGCAGUCCGGCGGCUAUCCGCUCGGUGACUAUGGCAGAUACACUCUUCACACCGGAUAUAGCGGCUCGACAAUCCAGAGCAUGCUGACCAACUAUGGCUCGGUUCGGACCACUCAAGGCAAGCAGGGACAGGCCGCCUGGAUCCAGGUGUCUCGGCCCAUUCCCGACACCAACUUCGCGAGCGGCUACAAAACCUUCUACAAUGGGACCUAUGUCGACACCCGAUCGCUUGACAUGUCCUUCAGCUAUCCAAUCCCGACCAAGACCGGCGUCUCGAUCUUCACCAUCUUGGGGGGCUACAACCCAACAAACGCCUCACAGAAUCUGCUCUAUCCGCCGCUCCGGAGCAACUAUGGCUUGGUCUUCCGCUUACCCUCCCCCAACAUGUCGGACACAGCCACAUUUCAAUGCUGGCUCAACGUCUCCUUCGCCGACGGGUCGGCCAUGUACACCCUGCUGGACAGCUCCAGCGGCAUGAAGCAGAUCCAGUACAACAUCGAAGAAGCUACGGCGCCUCAGGCGGCCAGUCUUGGGUGCGGCUGGGGUGCUCUCAAUGUGACAAUACUGGCGAGGACCGUUUUCCCCCAGAGUCUGCCGCCGAUGCCGCCGCCAGCUGUCUUUGGUCAAGAUGCCGGCUUUGCCGCACUGAGGCAGGCGGAGAUUGCCAAACUCGACAGUGCGCUUGGGACAUUAACGUAUCCGCCGAUUGUCACGGACUUGUCCCUGGUCGAGGCACUCAAGAGCUGGCGGGCCAAUCUCACUGGCCUGUCGGCAUCGAGCCGGUUGAUGGCGUCCGUAGUGCUUGGGUACCUUGAUGCCUCCGCCGCGAUAAGCUAUGCGCUCGCAACGACACCCGGCGCAAGCACCAAUCCAAGCAUCGUAAAAUCACAGGUACUGCAGGCCCUCAGCAAGGCCAAUCUCACGGACCCUGGCGGCGGUCUGAGUCCGGUGGCCGGGCCGAUUGUGGUUCGAAGUCUGUGUGCCGACUACAACGACACGACGCAAGGGAUCAACAUCAACCCGUGCAAUGGCUCUCGUAGCCAACAGUGGUUCAUGGAUCUUCAAGGCCGAGUCCAUAGUCUGGCGCGAGCAGACCGCUGCGUUGCGGCCAACGCCUGGGCCCCGAUGGUGAUGGCAACGUGCUCGGCCAGCGACAACACACAGGGAUGGAGGCAGACCAACACCAGCCACAUCAUCAGGAUCUCUGACACGCGCUACAACUGGGACUACUACGUCUCGGCAGGCGUCCUGGGAUCCUACAGCGCCACGACCGGAACCAAUCAGAUCUGGAGUAAUCUGUCGGUCUGGGCCAGCCCGAUCUUUGGAAUUCUUAUCCCGGCCUCCGUCCGUGCUGUGGUGGACAUUGUCGCAGCAUCGAGCCCAAACGGUCCAUGAUCGGAGGCAUAUUCAGCUUGGAGAAGCAUGCCCGAUGACAAAUACAGCGAUAACGUCAAAUCGCACGGCCGAGCCAUGGGCGCUGACAUUGCCGUGGGAGCAUGUGUCGUUGGGCAGGGCAGGCAGCUUCGCCAACAAGAGCCCGACUGGCUUGCGCGAGCAGUGCGGCAUGUAGCCCCGUGGGAGGCGAGCCAACCAGCAGCCAGAUAUCAACACAAAGCUGGC